AUGCGCGUUGAGGUGGGGUUGCCACGCUGGAGGAGAGGUGCCACCUGGGAUAGGAGCCGGCCUGGAACGCGGGGAGACAUUAUCUCUUCCUCACUAUCUGUUUUCUUCGUCAAACCGAUUCUGAUUCGGAGCCUUCUCAGUCACAUAUCUCUUCUCACUCUCUCUGGAAUUCGGGCGAAGAUAGAGUCCGAUCAGAAGAGGAAGAAGUCUCCGGUGGUGCCGGCGGAGCAGAAGGAGAAGCAUAAGCCGCAUUUGAACAAGACGAAGAAGAUGUCGUACUGUGGCAAUAGCGACGGUGGUGAUGGAGCUGAGGUUAGGGCAUCCCACAUACUGGUGAAGCACCAAGAGUCCGAUCGAAAGAGGAAGAAGUCUCCGGUGGUGCUGGCGGAGCAGAAGGAGAAGCAUAAGCAGCAUUUGAACAAGACGAACAAGAUGUGAUACGGUGGUAGCAGUGACGAUCGUGAUGGAGGUGAAGUUAGGUAUCACAAAAAUAUCUAUUUACUCAGUAGAGGAAGU